AUGGACGGCGGCAGCGGCGCCUCCGUGUCGGGCGCAGUGGCGGUGGGAGCCUGCUCCGCUAUGUCUCUCCUCUAUGUGGGGAUCCUCUACGCCCCGGGGUUGAUCCUCCGUCUGCCCCCGCCGAAGACAGUGAACAGCUUCCUGAUCCGCCGUUUCAUCUGCGUUGCCAUCGCCUCGUUGAUAUCGAUGCUCGCCUGCGCGAUCCUUCUCGGGGUGAGGGCGUCGCCGCUAAUGAGACCCCUUGUUCCUUUACAAAACCCGCACCUGAGAGUUUCCAGACGAGUCCACAGUGCUCUUGGGUCUGAUCAUUUAUCCCUUUUGAUGCGAUUGCCAUUCAGCUUUGGGGCUUCGAUCCGGCGCCAUCAAUUUUCGGAAUUUUCGGCAUCAGACUGGACCAUCUGGUAUGGAAUCCUGCUCUCAUGCUGUGACGAGUAAUGCCUCUUAUUGAUCAUUCUAAACUGCGGUGUAAUCGUCUUCCUUGAAGUGGCGAGCUGUCUUCAUUCCCACCUUGUUGACCUCUCUCGUGUACACCGGAUCCUUGGUGUCGAAAGUUGUGAUCUUUUUUCAGUCUCCAGUCGAAGCCGAAACAAGCUCACGAUGGAGUCUUAUGGAAAUCACAGGUCGACAGAUCCUGGACAGCAUCCUGAAUGUCGGUUCUAAUAUGCUCUUUUGGCGUAGUUUUUUAGUGGUAAGUGCCUCCGUUGUGCCGGUAAGAAGUUCCUGCUCAAGCUGCUUUGAAUGCUCUUGUACAUUUGCCUGUCCCAGUAGGCGCUUCCUGUGUGUCUGUGUGCUACUGCAGUAGAAUGAAGUUGUCAUCACAGGGAUGAUGCCUGAAAGUUCUCCCAUGAAGCAUUCGUUGAAACACGGGAAAUUAUCUGUGAGUCGUCGUCAUUUUGGUUUCAUGUCAUCAUUCUGCAACAAGUCAACCUUUGGCCAGCUUAAGACUUGGGUCGCAACGGCUCCAGAGAUUUUGGGAAAAACUUUAGCCAGUUGUUAGAAUGGUGCCCACUUCUCAUUUUCCUAAUGACAUUUGAGGCCAGUUGAUGGGUAAAGCGUCCUGAGGUAGUUCGCCUUUUUAAGUUGGUCUAGGAAUUCAAUGCACUGGAUAGAUUUUGAAUCAGUUCGACGAUUCUAUUUAUUUCUGUGGAAACAUUAAAAUUGAUCGGACUCACUUCUUUAAUUCAUAUAGAUAUUGAGAUACUGAUAAUAUUUUGUUUUUUGUUUUCCUUUCAAUCACAUUGUAGUUUUUACUAUGGGAAAAUUUUCGUUUUUUGUGUUUUCUUUUUUUUUUUCUUUGGGGGCGGGGAAUUAUGUGGUUGUUCUUAACAGUGGUGCUGAAUAAUUAACUCUGUUUCAUCUCUCUCCCGAGAGACCUCAUUCGUUAUCGUAUUCUUGGGCAGGCACCAGUUACAGAAGAGAUUGUUUUUAGAGCAUGUAUGAUUCCUCUGCUUCUUUGUGGGGGAUUCAAGACUCUUAGUAUCAUAUUUUUCAGCCCCAUCUUCUUCAGCUUAGGUAAACCUUUGGUCAAUUCUUUUAGGAAACCUUUAAACAAAAAUAAUUAUCUCUCUUUCUCGGUAAACUGCUGAAUUUGUGGAGUGCAAUAAUGUCAUUGAAUUUUUUUUAUUAGUUGAAAGACGACAAGAUUUAUUAGUGUAAAAAACGAAUUUGAAUAGCUUAUCUUCAUCACGGCUCGAUGGUCUUUAUCCUCUAGUGAUGGGGAACUGCCGCACACAUUCAAAUUCUUUCUCAAUGAUCAAGAAAUGGCCGCUUGAAGUCCACUUUCUUUCUCGUUUUCUAGCUGGUAAUGUCCGUCUUGGAUCGCCAGGCUUAACUAAGGUCCAGAGUUGCACUUUCCAUUCCCAUCAAGUUUUGAUUUUAGUAUUUUUUGCUAUCCCAAAUUUUUUGGUCCAUGCCUCGCAUUAGGGUUCCCGCAGAAUUUACAGGCCCUGCUGUAAAUCUAGUCCGCAUGCAAGAGAUGGCAUUCUAGCGAGAUCUGCUUACAAGGCCAUAGUAGUUGACUAGAAUAGUUUAUUUGAUGCAUUACGGCGUGAUGGAGCAGACUUACCCGCCAACUUGGUAGAAACGUUAUAUCUGGCCUUUCUUUACGCCCUUUUAUUGCCUUUAUGGAACCACCUUUAGUAAUAAGAAAGCUCAUGUAUUCGGUUCUUCAUCUGAAAGUUACUCAUCCAACGUUACAGAGUUAAUCAUACUUUGGUGUCUUCCCAGCUUACUCCUCUCUAGACUGCUCUUCUUUAAUGAGUAUACUAAUCCUUUUCCUCUCCUUCCAGCGCAUCUAAAUCACUUUCUGGAGCUGUAUUGCCAAAGAGGAUACAGCUUUCUCCGUGCUUCCAUGGUCGUUGGUACUUACUCUUUCUUGCUGAUCUACCACUUGGGUUCUGCUUUUAAUAUGGUUGCAAAGAGGAUAUUGCAAAAUACUUUUAAUAUGGUUCCCGGAUUGAGUUAUGGUAGCGUUGAUUAUCACCGCUCUCUCUCUCUCUCUCUCUCUCUCUCUCUCUCUCUCUCUCUCUCUCUCUCUCUCUCUCUCUCUCUCUCUCUCUCCCCUCAUUCAGAAUGCUUCCAUUGCAAGUGCCAUGGGGUCAUGACGCCAUAGGCCCCUAAGUUUUCUCCCCCGUGGAGACGGAUCUAGCCGCUUGGGAUACAUAGCCCGGCCAUCCCAUUUUUUUAUAUUCAUUUUUCCUCUCAGGGGCCGCUGCCCGUUUAUUUAUCUGCGUAGUAAUGAUCUUUGCCCGCAGGUCUCCAGCUUGGCUACACUGUGAUCUUUGGAGGGUACGCGUCGUUCCUAUUUCUUCGUACAGGUUCGUCGUCUCCCAUAGAUCCUUUUAUCAAUCUACGUCGGGGCGCUUUUAUCUUUGGGCAUUUCUUUGGCGCUCUAUGAAACUACACCAGCUGCCGGGUUGUCUUCUCCACCGGCAUCUGUGAGCUGCGCUCUAGUGAAAACUUUCUCGCACAUUCCACAGAUCACCAGGGGGCAAUGACAUAAAUAUUUGAUGGGCCCGAGCAGGUUCAAGAACCGUUCGGGCUCAACAACACAGAACGAACUACCCCACAACACAAAAAUCUCUUCUUUUUUUUUUCUUUGGAUUAGUAUUGCGGACGAAAUUCGUAAACAUGGACGCCGUUUGUUUAGCAGGGAACUUGAUAUGCCCCAUCAUGGCUCACGUAUUCUGCAACAUGAUGGGCCUCCCCGCUGUAUCGUCCUCUCAGGCGAAAGGUCAGCGGCGACGUACGCUCAUCUUAUAUAAUACUAUAUAUAGUACUAUUAUAUCUAUAACGCUGAUGUAUAAGCAUGCAUGCAUCUUCUUCUUUCCAGGGUUGACGAGGGUCGGGUUCGCGGUUGGUGUGGCGGGCUUCCUCCUGGUUCUCUUUCCUUUGACCAGCCCUGAUCUGUACAACGAAAGCCUAGAGGAGUGUAGGUGUUGGCACGGCCGCUGCGGCUGGGACUGA